UAUAUAUAAGAGUAAGUGACCCGAGUUGGUGUUGUGAAAACCAGCAUUUCUGAGAAAGCACAGGAGGAGGAGAGGAGAGAGUCAUGGAGGUUUCAGUGUUCACACUGAUGAAAGUGCUUGGUUCGCUAGCUGUUGUGGCCAUGGUGAGCUCUGUGGUUCAUCUGUACACCGCGACGUGGUUGAAGUGUGAGAGGCUGAGGAAGAAGCUGAGAAGGCAAGGCAUAAGAGGGCCUACACCUUCAUUCUUGUAUGGCAACCUUCCUGAGAUGCAGAGGAUACAGAUGAAGGCGAAAGCGGCCAUUGAUGAAGCAGCUCUUCCUCAUGGAGAGUUCAUUGCCCAUGACUACACUUCCUCUCUCUUCCCAUACUUUGAACAGUGGAGGAAAGAAUACGGGCUGAUGUACACAUACUCAAAUGGAAUGAGGCAGCACUUGUACAUCAAUCAAGCAGAGCUAGUGAAGGAGAUGAACCAGUGUGUGACUUUGCUGGGCAAGCCUUCUUACGUCUCCAAGAGACUCAAACCCUUGCUUGGCAAUGGCAUCAUCAGGUCCAACGGCCAUUUCUGGUCUCAGCAGAGAAAGAUCAUUGCCCCUGAGUUCUUCAUGGAGAAAGUGAAGGGGAUGGUGGGACUAAUGGUUGAGUCGGCGCAGACUCUGCUGACGACAUGGGACAGCAGGAUCGAAGCUGAAGGUGGUCAGAUGGCAGAGAUCACGGUGGAUGAGGACUUGAGGAGCUUAUCAGCAGAUGUGAUCUCAAGGGCUUGCUUUGGAAGCUCUUAUGUCAAGGGCAAAGAGGUGUUCUCCAAGCUCAGGAGCCUCCAAAAUAUCAUGUCCAAGCAAAGCUUCCUGUUCGGAAACAGCCUUUUCGGAUUUCUUCCGUUGAAGGACGGGAAGAAAGUGAGGAAUCUGGAGAAGGAAAUAGAGUUGCUGAUAUGGAAGGCCAUACAGGAACGCCGAAGAGAAUGCUCUGAGAGGACUUCGGCGAAGGAUUUAAUGCAACUGAUCCUGGAAGGGGCGAUCAAUGAUCACAACCUCGACAAGGAAUCGUCAAAGCACUUCAUCAUCGAUAACUGCAAGAACAUAUACUUCGCCGGCUAUGAGACUACUGCAGUCGCCGCGUCCUGGUGCUUGAUGCUGCUUGCCCUACAUCCCAAGUGGCAGUCGCAGAUACGAGAAGAGAUGGCCCAAGUUUGUGACAGCAACACGGUCGAUGCUGAUGCGCUCCUACAACUGAAGGCGGUGACUAUGGUCAUCCAAGAAACGCUCCGUCUAUACCCACCGGCAGCAUUCGUCUCCAGGGAGGCGCUGGAAGACACGAAAAUCGGGAAUGUGAACGUCCCGAAAAAUGUAUGCAUAUGGACUCUGAUUCCGACACUUCACCGUGAUCCCGAGAUCUGGGGCACGGACGCCAACGAGUUCAAGCCACAGAGAUUCGCUGACGGCAUAGCCAAAGCUUGCAAGUAUCCCCAAGCGUAUGUCCCGUUCGGGCUUGGGCCACGGCUGUGCUUGGGCAAGAACUUUGCAAUGGUUCAACUGAAGAUCGUCCUCUCACUCAUCGUGUCGAGAUAUACUUUCUCCCUCUCUCCCAAGUACCAGCAUUCUCCGACUUAUCAAAUGAUUGUAGCACCCAAACACGGCGUAUGCAUCACGAUUCAGAAGAUCUGACCGAGUCCUAGCAGUUUGUAACUAACAAAAUCAGCCCAAGCAUGUUGAUCCGCUGCUUCUUGACGAUUCUCCUAACUCGUCCGCUUGAAAUUGACUUCAGAGUCACAAAAGAUCAUUGAAUCUGCUUUGCCAUCUCGUCCACACCUAUUCUAACGUAGCUUGAUGAAUGUAAGGGUUUUUUACGUUCAGAUGUAGCCGCCAUCUCACAUAAUGAAUGUAUUUAUCUAAAUCCUGAUUAGCAUAAACUCCUUGAAGAAAUGAAAUGCAAAUGUACUGGUCAAUGGCAUAUAUAGGCUUAUUACUUUUGAAA